AUGGAGCAAGCUUACAAUCUUAAACAAGCUGUUGAGCACCCACAUGCAGCAAUCUCAGCCCAAAUUGAUUCCAGCAAGGCAGUAAAUAUCGAGCGAAACCGCGAGGUUCUUAAGUCUAUAGCCCGUGCAGUGCUGUUUUGUGGUAGGCAGUGUAUUGCUUUGAAAGGUGAUGUUGAGAAUCUUGACACAACUGAAAACCCUGGAAAUUUUCUUGCCUUACUCAAGUUGUUAGCAGUGCAUGACAGUGUGUUGAAAAGUCCUGCAAUGCGUUGUGUGACAAACUUGUCACCCCAGACACAGAAUGAAUUGAUUGAGGUCAUGGGCAGGCACAUUAUUCUGAAGGGCAUACUGGAUGAUUUAAAUGCUGCAACCUAUUACUCUAUCUUAGCUGAUGAAGUAACGUCGCACAACGAGGAACAUCUUGCUAUCUGUGCUCGGUUCGUCGAUAAGAAGAAAGAUGUAAGAGAGGAAUUUUUAACAUAUAUCAAACUUGAAAAGAUAACAGGUGAAAAGAUUGCAGAGAACAUCCUGGCUUUCCUGAACGAGAACAACGUACCAGUAACGAACAUGCGUGGCCAAGGAUACGAUGGUGCAAGCAACAUGUCAUCUAGCACAUUAGGCGUACAAGCACGGAUAAAGAAGGAGGCACCAUUAGCCACGUAUGUCCACUGCAAUGGGCACUGCCUCAACCUUAGAAAUGGCCUUCUUGAGCCUAUUGUCAAGCGUAACAUAGUUAAUGAAACAAAGAGAAAGCCUCUGCUGGACUUGUGCAAGACACGAUGGGCAGAACGGCACACUGCUUAUCAACAUUUCUACCAAGCUUUUGUUUUCAUCGUAGAGGCUCUCGGGAUGAUUGGCUUCAAACGCCACCUUCUCAAGUAUGGUGAUAUGUAUGUUGACUUGGAUCCAGCGAAUUGCAACGAAGCUCAACAAAUUUUGGCAAGCUUUACAUCCUUCGAAUUCAUUGUGGUAUUUAUGACAAUGUACCUGUAUUUGGCUCACCUGGCUGGAAUCACUGUUAAGCAUCAGAGAGCAACUGUUGACAUUGUGGAGGCCCAUCACAGGAUUACAGAAGUUGGAAGUUUUUACCGAAAGGAAAAGGAAGAUUGUGGCACGAACUUUUCCCAUAUUUACAAUCAAAGCGUUUCAAUGGCUGAGAAGGUGGGUACUGCUGCCGAAAUGCCCCGAUUGACAUCAAGACAACAGCAUCGCCCAAAUGCUGAAGCCCAAACUCCUAGAGAGUAUUUCCAAAGAAACGUGGCAAUUCUAUUACCUGAUCACAUUAUUAUGUGUAUCGAAGAGCAGUUUUCGCCUUCGGCAAAAGUUGCCACAUCACUACGUGGCCUCGUUCCAAGUGUUCUCUGUUCAAGAAAUGUCAACCUCAAUGCAGCUGUUAACACUUACACUGAUGAUCUCCCGUCCCCUGAGUUGCUCGAAAUGGAACUUACGCGGUGA